UGGGAGGGCGCACAAUGCACGUGCGUCAAACACGUGCGCAUCCAGGGCUGGGGUGUGUGUGCUCCACUCCUGUCCACCGGUAAUUUUGAAUUUUUUGCGAGGGCGAGGCGAGGCGAGGGCUAAUCUCCCAGUGGCAACGACCAGGAGGAGGAGAGCAGACCACGAUGCCGCGCUCAUCAACACCGACCAACUACACGCUGAACCACACGCCGUCGUCGGACAGCCCGAUGCCGUACCAGUCGUGGUCGCCGUCGACGCGCGAGGAGAGCCAGGAGGCGCUCGUGUCGUGCCUCUUGCAGAUCCUCGAGCAGCCGCUGGCCAUGCUCCGCGACGGCACCGUGGGCGACGAGCAGAUGGCUGCUGAAUCAGCCCUGAUUCCCGGCAGCUCUGUGGGCAAGCACCUGCGACACGUCCACGACCACUACCGGCUGAUGCUCGAUGCGAUCGAAGGGCCGUCGAGCGGGGACGUAAUCAAGCUAGACUACGACAAGCGGAUGCGGUCGCCGCCGCUGGAGACGAGCGCGCAGUCGGCGCUGAGCGAGUUCGAAGAGACGCAGGAGCGCAUCCGGCGGCUGUUUCCACGCCAGGCACCGCACCGCAUGGACCAGCGGCUCGCCCUCUCGGCCACGACGCCUGCGGAAGUGGAGCUGGGGAGCACGCUGGGGAGAGAGAUGUGGUUCUGCUGCCUCCACGCGAUCCACCACUACGCGCUGGCCCGCGUCAUCCUCACCCACGAGCUCGGCCUGGCGAUUGCCGACAGCUUCGGCGUGGCGCCCUCGACGAUUGUCUUUCGCAUCUGGGGGCGCUCCAAGCUGUAGACGAGACGGACACUGCUCUGACACCUUCCUAUUGCUAGAUACAUGCUGAAUACUGUACAUUGCUGCCAACCCUGAGAUAUGGCGACGAGGAGGCCGCGGUCUGGCUUGCCUGCCUGAGACGCGCCGAACAUUGAAAAAGUCUAAACCGGAGAACUGAGCUUUCUUUUC